AUGCUUUCUCUUUCAGCAUGCCAGUGCAAUGGCCACAGCAAGUGCAUUAAUCAGAGUAUCUGUGAGAAGUGUGAGAACCUGACCACAGGCAAGCACUGCGAGACCUGCAUAUCUGGCUUCUAUGGUGAUCCCACCAACGGGGGGAGAUGUCAGCCAUGCAAGUGCAAUGGGCAUGCAUCGCUCUGUAACACCAACACGGGCAAGUGCUUCUGCACCACCAAGGGCGUCAAGGGGGACGAGUGCCAGCUAUGCGAGGUAGAAAAUCGAUACCAGGGAAACCCUCUCAAAGGAACAUGUUAUUAUACUCUUCUCAUUGAUUAUCAGUUCACCUUCAGCCUAUCCCAGGAAGAUGACCGCUAUUACACAGCCAUCAAUUUUGUGGCUACGCCUGAUGAACAAAACAGGGAUUUGGACAUGUUCAUCAAUGCCUCCAAAAACUUCAACCUCAACAUCACCUGGGCCGCCAGCUUCUCAGCUGGAACCCAGGCUGGAGAAGAGAUGCCUGUUGUUUCAAAAACCAACAUUAAGGAGUACAAAGAUAGCUUCUCUAAUGAGAAGUUUGAUUUUCGCAACCACCCAAAUAUCACUUUCUUCGUUUAUGUCAGUAAUUUUACCUGGCCCAUCAAAAUUCAGGUAAGAAGUACUUUUUGGUCUCAACCUGCAGACAUAGCGAAAUCUUUUCAGUGGAGACUAACUCCACUAAUUUGGACCUUGAGGUAAAUGAGGUGUACGAUA